AUGGAACAGAAUGUUCUGGAUGGCUUAAAUGAUCCCGCGACGCGUCAGGAAUUCUGUGUUAUUACAUUGUAUUGGUUGGCUAUUAGUGUCCCAUACAUGCGAGAAAUCCGAGGUCCACAAGCGAAGGCGAACAAUGUUCUGGAGCUUGGUGACCUCCAUUGUCGCGUUAUCAAACAUAUUGACGUGUUAAUAAAGGAGCCAGAGCAUCUGCUUGGCCCAGACGCGUCAGAAACUCAUGGAUCUUUGGAUGGACAUGGCUGGGAGCGGCCGGACGCGUUCUAUGCAGUGCAAAGACAUGCAUCACAGCAGCUCCCACAGAUUCAAAGCCUUUUGAUACACUUCCUCAAAAAAGCCAAGGAGUCCUGGCUCCGGUUCAUGUCAGAAUUUGAGGGGGGUGGUGCGCUUUCACGAGCCACACCUGAGCAAAUUGAGCGCGCCUGGAUGGAGAAAACUAAUGAUCUGAAUGAAGGUGCUUUUGGAACCUAA